AUGCAGGGCCAAGAUAUUUGGUCGAGGACAUGCGGCGGAGAAACUUAUGAGCUAAACAAACUCUACGGUCAACCAAUACACACACUCCAGCGUGUAUGUGUAAAAAGCCGCCUUUUUAUACGUUUCGAAUCACCCACCUGGAAAGUAUCUCUCGAAGGUUGUAAGAUGGCAGCAACGUCAACAACCAACUUUUCUAUUAGAUCUGCUGCAUCUGCCGGCUCCAAACUAGGCCCAUAUUCACAGUCAAAGCCCUCUGGUAUCAGAUUCAAUUCUACAAAUUACCUAUGGAAUUUCAAUGGCCUCAAGACUGCUAACUCUGUGAGCUGUGAAUCAAAAUCAUCGCUCUUAGGCAGUGAAAGCACUGCAGCUCUUAAGCGCUCUUAUAUUGGUAAAGUCCGAAAAUAUAACAUGAUAUCUUACAGAAAAGUCCAGCUUCAGGCAUCUUAUAAAGUAGCAGUCCUAGGAGCUGCUGGUGGUAUAGGCCAGCCACUAGCACUUCUGAUCAAGAUGUCACCAUUGGUUUCUGCACUGCACCUCUAUGAUAUAGCAAAUGUAAAAGGAGUUGCAGCGGACCUUAGUCACUGCAACACACCCUCUCAGGUAUUGGAUUUCACUGGAGCGUCUGAAUUGGCUGCUUGUUUAAAGGAUGUAAAUGUUGUUGUCAUACCUGCCGGUGUUCCAAGGAAGCCGGGAAUGACCCGUGAUGACCUAUUUAACAUUAAUGCCAACAUAGUGAAGACUUUAGUUGAGGCUGUUGCUGAUAACUGCCCCGACGCCUUCAUCCACAUUAUUAGUAACCCUGUUAACUCCACCAUGCCAAUUGCUGCGGAAGUCUUGAAGCAAAAGGGGGUAUAUGAUCCAAAGAAACUCUUUGGAGUUACCACCCUUGAUGUUGUAAGGGCAAAUACAUUUGUUGCUCAGAAGAAAAACCUAAAGCUCAUUGAUGUUGAUGUCCCAGUCAUUGGAGGUCAUGCUGGGAUUACUAUUUUGCCCUUGCUGUCAAAGACAAAACCGUCAGUUACUUUCACUGAUGAAGAAGUUCAGGAGCUAACUGUCAGGAUUCAAAAUGCUGGGACAGAAGUUGUUGAGGCAAAGGCUGGUGCAGGGUCAGCUACUCUUUCUAUGGCCUAUGCCGCAGCAAGAUUUGUUGAGUCCUCGCUCCGUGCUCUUGAUGGGGAUAGUGAUGUCUAUGAGUGCACCUUUGUCGAGUCUGACUUGACAGAGCUCCCAUUCUUCGCCUCAAGGGUUAAGCUAGGACGGAAUGGGGUUGAGGCAUUGAUUUCAUCAGACCUCCAAGGAUUAUCCGAGUAUGAACAGAAGGCUUUAGAAGAGCUCAAGCCAGAGCUAAAGGCCAGCAUUGAGAAAGGUGUAGCUUUCAUUCAGAAGCAACCUGUGACUGCUUAG